AUGAGUUCCACAUCGCAAGUGGCAUUAUUACCAAAACUUAGCCUACCGGAUGGUGUGACGGUGUGGGAUGGGACGGCGCUUGAAUAUGAAAGACGCUGCAAUAACGUCGAUGAGCAUGCCGUUCACCUCAUGCAGACCAUUAAUAUUUUGGGAAUACGAAGCAAAGAGGCGCAGUGUUUAAAUACCGUAUUAACUUCUGUCGCUCGCUUGCGGGAGAACAGGCAGGCGCGGGUGUAUCUUUUGUGUCAAGACGGCUAUGGUGUUGGCAUUUUGAAGAUGGGCGUGAAAAAGUUAUUUGUGACGCAUCCCUCAUAUUCAUCGUUAGUAGAGAUUGAUCCACUUUGCGUGCUUGAUUUUUUUGUAGACACCAGCUUCCAGCGAAAAGGGUUUGGAAAGACGCUUUUUGAUGCCAUGUUGCUUAAUGAGGGUCUUAACCCAGGGGAGGUGGCAAUCGAUCGUCCCAGCGUAAAGUUUCUGGCAUUCUUACAGAAGUACUACGGCCUGGUCGAAUACACGCCACAGUCGAACAAUUUUGUGGUGUUUCAUAGGUAUUUUGAUAAGUGGCAACCACAGCGUGGGAAGGGACACUGGGGCGGCAACGCCGUGCCCACUCGGUCUCUUGUGCGGCCACAGAACUGUCUGCGGGUUUACCCCAAGUAUCAGAGCACGACGGGGCCAAACAACAAUUUUGAGGAGGAUGCCACGCACCGCACACCACCACCACCACCACUGCCGCCACCGCUUGUUCCACAGGGAUCUGUGACUUCGCCAGGGGUAGGGAAAAAAACGGCAUAUGAGUUACAGUAUGAGGAGUACUUGAGAGAACAGGCCUAUCGGAGACGGCAGGGGGGCGAUCCAAGGCUUCAACCCGUUCCCAACCCGGUUUCCUCUUCGGAGAUUGUGGCAGCAAGUUGUGGCGCCAGACGUCGUAUGUCACCGACGCGUAGUGGGGUUCAAUACAAUAUCAUUAGUGGUACUCCAGAACACUGA